UUCCCGGCGGCACCACGGUGCUGGUGGAGCUCACCCCCGACAUCCACAUCUGCGGCAUCUGCAAGCAGCAGUUCAAUAACCUCGACGCCUUCGUUGGGCACAAGCAGAGAGGUUGCCAGCUCACUAGUGCAGCGGCCGGGGCCACCAGUACGGUCCAGUUUGUGUCAGAAGAAACGGUGCCGUCGACACAGGCACAAACCACGACCAGGACCAUCGCUUCGGAGACCCAGACCAUCACAGUUUCUGCACCGGAGUUUGUUUUUGAGCAUGGCUGUCAAACGUACCUACCCAGUGAGAGCAGUGAGCCUCCAACUGCUGCUAUCGUUUCUACAACACCAAAAGCACGUUCAAGAAAAUCCACUGCCUCACUUACACAGAAGAAGCUAAACUGCUGCUAUCCAGGUUGCCAAUUCAAGACUUCCUAUGGCGUGAAGGAUAUGGAGCGUCAUCUACGAACACACACAGGAGACAAGCCCCAUAAAUGUGAAGUUUGUAACAAAUGUUUUAGUCGUAAAGAUAAGCUGAAGAUGCAUAUGCGUUCUCAUACUGGGGUGAAGCCUUACAAAUGUAAGCACUGUGACUAUGCGGCUGCUGACAGCAGCAGUCUCAACAAGCACCAGCGCAUUCACUCCAACGAGCGUCCUUUUAAAUGCCAGAUCUGUCCUUACGCAAGCCGCAACUCCAGCCAGCUAACUGUACAUCUCAGAUCCCACACAGGAGAUGCACCUUUCCAAUGUCAGAUGUGUCCUGCUAAAUUUAAAAUCAACUCGGACUUGAAGAGGCACAUGCGUGUGCAUUCUGGUGAGAAACCUUACAAAUGUGAGUUCUGUGAGGUUCGGUGUGCCAUGAAAGGAAACUUGAAAUCACACAUUCGUAUCAAGCACAGCAUGGAAAAUACUCUCAAGUGUCCAGAGUGCGAAUUUCAGUGUGGAAAUAAAACAAGCCUUCGGCACCACAUAAGAACUCAUCAGCCCGAACAACCAGUGAAGUGCUCAGAGUGCAGCUACUCUUGCUCCAACAAGGCAGCUCUGAAAGUGCACGAGCGAAUUCACUGCAAAGAUCGUCCUUUCAAAUGUGAAUUCUGCAGCUUUGAUACCAAGCAGCGGAGCAACCUGACAACUCAUGUGAGGAAAGCUCAUGGUGACAAAGUCAAGACCAAGAAGCAAACAGCGGAGGAGAAAGAAGGAGAUAGGCCAAAGCAAGGUGGCUCCAGGCAAGUUGCCAAAUUGUACGCCAAGAAAGCAUUUAAGUGUGACCUGUGUGACGCUUCCUUUGUCCGAGAAGAUUCUCUUAGAAGUCAUAAGAAGCAGCACAGUAUGUAUAAGGGAUCUAAAAAUAAUGAACUGGCUGUUCUACAGCUCCAGAUGGAUCCUGGUCGGCAGACCGGUGCCCCAAUUAGUGUCAGACACCUCCAGGUCCCACUUCAGGCUGCUCAGGUUUCCCCAUACAAUGAGGGAAGGGUCAAGAUCAUCGUGGGUCACCAGGUCCCUCAGACUAACAGUAUUGUUCAGGCUGCAUCAGUGAACGUCGUGCCUCCUACGUUAGUUAGCCAGAAUCAGGAGGACCUCUCAGCUAACAGCCGCUUGCAGCUGCUGGGCCAAGUCAGUUUGUUGGCACCACCUCCGCCUCCCAUAUCUCAAAGUGAAGCCAGGCCUGUGGCACAACCAGCAGUUCUUCUCACAACCCGUGACCAAAGCGAUGGAAGCGCUCUGCGUCAGACUAUCAGCAGUCAUGAGGCUCCAGCAAACCAAGCUUUCAUCACCAACUCUGGAAUCAGCUGCUCUGACUUGGAAGGCCUUAAUGCAUUGAUACAAGAAGGAGCAACAGGAGUGACUGUGGUUAGUGAUGGAGGUCAGAGUAUAACAGUGUCCACGUCGGCUCCCCCUCCUAUCUUUUCUUCGUCCCCUCACACAGAAGCCCCUAAGCAGACCUAUUCUAUCAUUCAAAGUGGAGCCCAUACAGCUUUGCUGUGUCCAGCAGGCUCCGUACCGGAUUAG